CUUUUCUUAAGUCAACCCUUCUUGGCUCUAAUCCACCAAAAUUUCUCCCCCUUUUCUUAAAAACUCUCAUCACCAACAUUUUCAUUCCUCUUCCCCAAACUUUCUCCCUCCUCCACCCAUAGCCACCCAAAUAAGGAGGCACACCAUGACUUGGGCUUACCAUACCCAUAUUCAUGUCCCCCUUUUGGGCUUCUACCUCCUAAUUAUACCACCCAUUACGGCCCAACAACCACCACCAUGGGCCGAAACCGAAUCCAAUAACAAAAACUACAACUCUCCUAUGGCAACCGCCCUCAUUGUUAUGAUCAUUGUUUUCUUUACUGUCGGGUUCGUCUCCGUCUAUCUCCGCCACUUCCUCGCUUGCCUCGGUGUUCGUCCCUAUACUGGGACCCAUCGAGGCAUCGGAGGUGGGGUCCACUUCGGUGGGUGGAACCGAGAGACCCCACCCCAACGUGGUCUUGACCCCAGUAUUAUAAACACUUUCCCUACGUUUCUAUAUUCCGACGUAAAAAUCCACCGUGUCGGCAAAACGACACCGUUAGAAUGUGCUAUUUGCUUAAACGAAUUUCAUGAUCAUGAAAUAUUACGGCUGUUACCUAAAUGUAAUCAUGUCUUUCACCCUCAUUGUGUGGACCCUUGGCUUGCUUCCCAUGUCACGUGCCCCGUGUGCAGGGAAAAUUUGGAAAUGCAAUUAAAUAAUCAACGAUCAUAUGAUCAUCAACAUAUUUCUGAGAUUGAAUCAGAACCGUCUGAUCAAAUUGUAAACAUUGAUGAUCAUAAUCAAAGAGAUCAUGUGAUCGUACGGAUAGCAUCACCGGAUACACAAGAGAUGAUUAAAGGAUUGAGUGAGAGUGGACGGUUGAGAUUAAACCGGUCACAUUCAACGGGUCAUUCAUUGGUAGAUGAUUGUGAGAGGUUUACGCUAAGGUUACCGGUUGAGGUACGUAACAAGUUGGUGAAUGUCAAUAAUUCAAAUGGGUUGCCCGAUGGGAUAAUUAGUCCUCGGGUCGGGUAUCGGGCUCGAAGUGUAAGUGGUGCUACCUUGCCGGGUAAACCGGACCGAUGGCGGUUUACUAUGAGCCCGCCUUUUAUUUUUCGGCCUAAUUCGCCUAUUAAUAAUAAUAAUGGCAGUGGGAAUGAUAACGGUAAAGAUAAUACGUCAACGAGCAUAUUAAGAAGUCCAAAAAGUUUAAUUAAAUUAAUGAAGUCACCAAAUAAAUCUCCAUUAAAUCGUGUUGUUAGUUGUAAUGACAUUGGUGAACGGUCUUCGGAUAGAUUAUGGGCUAAUCGUGGGCCUCAUGAGCUAAAUUUGGAGGAUAAUUAAGCAAUUGGGCCGACAACAACCAACUUUUAAUGGUUCACUUCGGGUAGGCUCAUGAACAUGUGACCAUGUUUUUCAACAAAAGGAGGGGCAGCACGAAUCGAAUUUAGAAUCUUACGUAGAUAAAAUGGUAUAUGCUUCAACUGAGAUAUAUUCGAUUUUCUGAUCAUGUUUGAGAAAUUGCUUUCUCUGUUUAUAAUUUGUAUCUACAUUUGUAAACUACUCUUAUAUUCAUUUGAAUUUGCAACAAUUUAAUUUAUUAUAAGCAAUUUUAGAUAUAAAACGGUGAAAGAAAAAAACAAGAAAAGAGUGGAUAGAAUAAAAAUAUGUAUAUGAUGCGAAGAAAAAAAAAAUAUCUAAAUGAGAUUAUAAAAAAAAAUGUUCAGUUUAAAAUAUUUCCAUUUAUGAUAAUUGUUGCAAAAUCAAAUGGUUAAUAAUUUAAAUUUACAU